AUGGCGAAUGCCGCCGCUUCUUGUGCAGCAGCGAAGGCGGUCACCACAGUGGAUGCAGCAGCCCACAACGUACGUGGCAUUAGUGCCCACAGCGACAAAAGCAGUAGCAGCGGUAGUGUUAGUGCGAGCCCGAUCAAGCUUCGCACGGCUCGCCCGUCUGCUCGUGCGCUCUCGCAGGUGAAGCAAACACCACACUUCCCUGGAAUGUUCCACCACGUCUCGAUGUUCGAGGGUGAGCACGUCUACAACUACGGCCGGCACACCUUCACCAUUUUCAAGGAGAGCAUCGCCAUGAGCAUCAUCCCCGCCGGCUGCCUCAUCGCCUACAUCGUGACGCACCUGCCGAACUUCCCGAUCAUCCCGUUUGAGUUUCAGUGCUUGUACCUCGUGGCCCUCUUCGCCGUUUCACGCGUCGUCGCUGCCGGCUGGCGCAACCGCCAAGUGAAGGAUCUCACGGGGCGGCACGUGGUGGUGACGGGUGGCACCAGCGGUAUCGGUCGCGCCACCGCCGCGCAGCUCGCCCAGAUGGGUGCGCACGUGACGCUGCUGGCGCGCGACUCCCCUCACGCCCAGCCGGCGGUGGACUUUGUGCGCCGCCACGCAAAGGAUGCCGCAGCGCAGGAAAUUUGCUUUCACGCCUUAGACUUGGAGGACUUCAUCCUCGUGCGGGAUUACUGCAAGCGGGCACGGCGCCGGCAGGUGCCGAUCGACGUGCUGGUGAACGCGGCCGGUCGCAUGCAGCAGCACCACGUCGUCACGCGCUUCGGCGACGACGUGCUGCUCGCUGCGAACUUUCUGGGUCCGUAUUUGCUGACGGAGGGGCUGCUGCCGCUGGUGGAGGCGGCGCACGGCCGCAUCGUGUACGUUGCGUGCUCCGCGCACGUUGGGGUAAAGGGCAAGGUGGUCUCGACGUACCUCAGCGGGCGUGGUGUGUGGUCGCCGCGGGUGGCUGGUAAGUUUGACGGGUUAGAGCAGUACGGCUUCACGAAGCUGGGCAACAUCUUCCACGCACAGCAGCUCGCGCUGCGCUCCUACCCGGAGUCGAGCAAAGGCAGUCGCGCUUCCCGGCUGACGCGGCAGCAGCCCAUGACGGCCGCGGGUGGGUCACAUUACUCCGCCGGCACCGGCACUUCGCGACGAUCGGGUUAUGAAGAUGCCGCUGCUGCUGUGGCGGCAACGGACACGUCCUCUGGUAAGUCCAACAGCCACGAUCCCAGUACCCCAGCCCAGGUAAGCAUCGAGCCCCGCUUCACGGCCUGCGUGUGCUCUCCCGGUGGGGUGAUCACGAAUCUGUACCGAGACGUCCCCCUGGCCGGUUCCUUCAAGUACCUGUAUUACCUGUACGCCUUGGUCAUGCGCACGGCCUGGGAGGGCAGUCAGACCGUGGUGAACUGCUGUGUGCGGGGGGGGGUUAAAAACGGUGGCUACUACAUGAAUACCAAGUACCAGCCAGCAGGGCUGUCGAAGACGGCGUGCAGUGUGACAGAGCGGGAACAGGUGAUGACGUGGACGUCCAACAAAAUGAAGGCGUACAUGAAGUGGGAUUAA